AGCUAGCGGCUCGCCGCGGGCGGUGGGACUUCCGUGUUGGCGGGAUUCUAAACGCGGCCAUGGCUCAGAACGUUCAGAACGUUACAUUGUCUCUCACGCUGCCCAUCACGUGCCACAUUUGCUUGGGGAAGGUCCGCCAUCCUGUCAUAUGCAUCAACAAUCAUGUGUUCUGUUCUAUUUGUAUCGAUGUAUGGUUGAAGAACAAUAGCCAGUGCCCAGCUUGCCGUGUCCCCAUCACCCCUGAAAAUCCCUGCAAGGAGAUCAUUGGUGGAACAAGUGAAAGUGAACCUAUGCUUAGCCACACUGUUAGAAAGCACCUCCGGAAAACUCGACUUGAGUUACUCCAUCGAGAAUACGAGGAUGAAAUAGAAUGCCUGCAGAAGGAAGUAGAAGAGCUUCGAGGGAAGAACCUCAGCCUAGAGUCACAGCUGAAGUCUGUUCUGGAUCCUUUGACCCUGGGCAACCAGAAUGAGGAAAGACGGCCAGCCUUAGAGGAAAGAAGUAAGCCUCCCCCUGAAACCGUGUCAGAGUGGAGAAAAAAGCUUCGAGCCGCUCAUGACAUCUAUGAAAAGGCGAAAGAUGAUGUGGACAAGCUCAAGGAGGCAAAUAAGAAACUGAAAUUGGAAAAUGGUGGCCUGAUGAGGGAGAAUUUGCGGUUGAAGGCUGAAGUUGAUAACAGAUCACCCCAAAAGUUUGGCAGAUUUACAGUUGCUGCUCUUCAGUCCAAGGUAGAACAGUAUGAGAGAGAAACAAAUCGCCUCAAGAAAGCCCUGGAACGAAGUGAUAAAUAUAUAGAAGAAUUAGAAUCUCAAAUCUCACUGCUAAAAAGCUCAAGUGAAGAAACUGAAACUUCAAACUCCAUUAGCCAAAGAGUACUUUCUACAGAACAAGGAAACAGCCACCCUGAGGAAAGUACCACAACUUUAAUAAGUCAGGUAGAUGGUGUCGGAAAGCAGUCUGUUGCAGCCAAUCCAACUUCUUCACACCUUACACAGUCUUCAAGUAGUAGACUCUUAGAUGUUAACUCUGCUAGUCAAGAAGGCUCAAGUGAGAGAGAGACAGAGUGUUGUAAGAACAAAGAACUCUUCCCAGAACAGUUGAAAAUCCUGUUAGAUGUUACUGAUACAAGGAUGGAUGCCUGUUUGGAAAGACAGUGGAAUAAUAAAACUGGGAAUUGUGACCUUUACAAAGAUGAGGAACUUUAUGAUCUCCCAGCUCCCUGUACCCCCUCUUUGUCUCUUAGUUGUCUUCAGCUCAAUACCCCAGAUAACAAAGAAAGUUCUCUGGUCAAAACAGAGAGUAUCAGAAAGCACUCACACCAUCUAAGAAAACUGGUGUUUGAUGAUUUUUGUGGCACCUCAAGCAGUUGUGGCAAAGAUUCCCUCCAGGAAAAUACAAAUAGUUGUGAAAAUGGAAAGAAGUCAGAGUGUUUCACUUCCCCAAAGUCAGUAUUUUGGGAUUGUUGCCCUACCAAUUUUGUCCAGAACUUAGAUUUUGGAAGUUCAGAGCAGAACACAGUGGCAAGUUCUUCUGGAGAGCUGUCGUUGAAAUCCAGUGAGAAAACAGGUUCCUGUUUAUCUAAAAGGUUAAAUUCUAUUAGAUCCUUUGAAAUGAAUCGUACUAGAACAUCCAGUGAAGCGUCAAUGGAUGCAGCUUACCUUGAUAAGAUCUCUGAGCUGGACUCCAUGAUGUCCGAAUCAGACAACAGUAAGAGUCCCUAUAACAAUUUUAAAUCCGCUGACGUGGAAACCCCAACAAAGUUAGCACAAAAUAGCGAAUUUUUGGAUGAUUCUGAUAAACUAGAAGAAAGAACUAAGCCAAAUCUUACAAAAUGUUCUCAGCUGCUUGAUCAGCCGGGAAAUAGAAAUGAAUGGAAACCCACUUCUUUUUUCAUCCUUUCACCAUCUGACCAAGAGAUGAAUGAACACUUUCCACUCCUCCCUUCUCCCAAUUCAGGAACUAGUGAAAUCAAACCCCAGAACUGUUUGUUUCAGAGGGAGUUUUCCCAGAGUUUUUUGUUUAGUAACUCACAUAAGCUGUUUGAUGAUCAGAGGUUUGGGCCAUCUUUUUUUAAGAUGUCCUCAGAGAUGCACAAUGUUCACAAUCACCUUCAGUCCCCAUGGUCUGCCUCCUUCGUGCCUGAAAAGAGGAAUAAGAGUGUGAAUCAGUCAGCAAAAAGAAAAAUCCAGAGUAGCCUUUCUAGUGCCAGCCCAUCCAAAGCAACUAAAAGUUGAUUCAGUUCUGUUGAAAAGGUACUUUGUCCAGAGAGGAAAAUGGAGGUUUCUGAACUAUUGGUCCCCCUGCCCCAACCACCCCAGAAUCCCAGCUAGUUUGUAUUGAUCCUUUUAACCAAAAAUAAGUAAAAAAUGAAUGGGCUAGUCUUUACUUCCAUACUCCUGAGAACCCCUUCUGGAAUAAUGCCAGGAAAUUGGCGGCUGUUUGGGUCUUUUUUUUUUUUUAAUCAUCAUCAUCAUUAUCAUCAUCAUCGUUAUUUUUGUGUUGUAUCAGGGUGGGUAUGUUUUGUAUUCUUAUAUUUUAUUUGUCAAAUGCAGUAGCCUGCUGCUAAGAAGCAGCUUGUAGAUGUUAAAUAAAAUUCUUAGAGCUUUCUUCAUUGUCCAUAAAACAUUUUAUUUUCAUAAUGCUUUUCUAAGUAUGUAAGUUUAUUUUACCUGCCACUUUUAUUUUAUGACAGUGAUGGCCUGAUUUUAGGCGAGACCACACACAUUGUGCAUUAGCCCUGUGGGCUUGAGUUAAAUGGAGGUUUUUUGAGUUUGGGGUUUUACUUGUUUUUUUUUCAUAUUGUCCUUUGACUAGCCAGUGUAGAUAUGACCUCAAAAUUAGAGAAGAAGAAACCAUGGUUUUUAACUUCAAAGUGUUUUUUUUUUUUUCUCCUUACGGCUGAGUCUGUUUACCUACCUCUUUGUGGAAAACCAGAAAUUCAGCCUACUCUGAGUGGGGAAAUAUGGUAACUUCAUGGCUUGGAUGUAGAGCACUCUUAAGUUCUCAGUUCCAGAUUCUAGCUCUGAUGAUGCGGCAGGGCUACUUAUUGAAAUGCUGGACUUGCUGUUUGCAUGGUGCUGUGCUUUAUCGAAACCACAGUCUUUGUGCAUGCUAGCAUUCUUGCUUGCUCUGUUUUCCAUGCUAAAGAAAGUUAAGUUUUGGUUAGUAAUAGAAUGUCUCUCUUAUGUAAGAUGCAAGUGCUUUUUUCUUUUGUGGGGAGUGGGUAAGGGGUGGGGGAGGGGAAGAGUGAAGCACAAUUUUUAAUUUAGGUUUGGAAAAGCAUUUGUUAUUCCAAACAUUCAGUCUCCCUAUACAGGCCUUUAAAAAAUGGGUUUGUAUGCUAAUGACUUGUUUACCUAAUGUGCACUGAACAUUUUACAUUAAUACUGUACUGUUUUACAUUAAUACUGCAUGCUUUUCUAUGUGAAUUGAAUAAAGGAUAUCAUAAGCACUGUAAUCCUUGAUGUUGUCUCAGCUAUUGAAAUAGCAUACGAAGAGCAGGAAAACCUCCCUUCUUAUCACUUU